UUCAUUUUAAUUUUCAAGAGCGAUUGUAAGGGCUGAUUUUAAACUUUCCGUGUAUGGCUUUAUACAAUGAAGGCAGCCAGUCCCACGGUACGUCCACCGCCCUUCAAAGAUUGGAAGGGUUUGCAAAUAGAUUGUUUAACCGAAAUGGCAGGAGCAGCAUACAUGAGCAAAGGGUACCUGUGGAUAAUGAGGCCCAGUUCGUAUCAGAAAACACCGUGUUGUGGGAUAAAACAAUGAAAGAAUUUCUAGCCAAAGCCAAAGAAGACUUUUUAAGGAAAUGGGAAAGUCCGCCACAGAACACCGCCGGCCUAGAUGACUUUGAAAGGAUGAAAACACUUGGGACCGGCUCUUUUGGACGAGUAAUGUUAGUGAAGCAUAAAGGUGCAGAACAGUAUUAUGCUAUGAAGAUCCUGGAUAAGCAGAAGGUGGUGAAACUGAAGCAAAUUGAACACACACUGAAUGAAAAACGAAUAUUACAGGCAGUGAAUUUUCCCUUUCUGGUCCGGCUCGAAUAUUCUUUCAAGGAUAAUUCAAAUUUAUACAUGGUGAUGGAAUAUGUCCCUGGUGGUGAGAUGUUCUCUCAUUUAAGAAGGAUCGGCAGAUUCAGUGAGCCCCAUGCACGAUUUUAUGCUGCUCAGAUCGUGCUAACGUUCGAGUACCUCCAUUCAUUAGACCUCAUCUACAGAGAUCUCAAACCAGAAAAUCUUUUAAUUGACCAACAAGGAUAUAUUCAGGUCACAGAUUUUGGAUUUGCCAAAAGAGUAAAGGGCAGAACCUGGACAUUAUGUGGAACACCAGAAUACUUAGCACCAGAAAUCAUUUUGAGCAAGGGCUACAACAAAGCAGUUGAUUGGUGGGCAUUAGGCGUUUUAAUCUAUGAAAUGGCGGCUGGCUACCCACCGUUUUUCGCAGACCAGCCCAUUCAAAUCUAUGAAAAAAUUGUUUCUGGAAAGGUACGAUUUCCAUCACACUUCAGUUCAGAUCUUAAAGACCUGUUGAGGAACUUGCUUCAGGUAGACUUGACCAAACGAUUUGGGAAUCUGAAGAAUGGUGUAAAUGACAUUAAGAAUCACAAGUGGUUUGCCACUACAGAUUGGAUUGCCAUUUACCAGAGAAAGGUAGAAGCUCCCUUCAUCCCAAAGUGCAGAGGACCUGGUGAUACCAGCAAUUUCGACGAUUAUGAGGAAGAAGAUAUCCGUGUGUCACUCACAGAAAAAUGUGCAAAGGAAUUUGCUGACUUUUAGGAUGUUUGAGGACAAAAUGAAGUCAGGGCUCAUAUUGGGAUAUUUGCACUCUGUUAUCCGAUGGGGUGGAGCGGAGACCAUCUUACCUUGUUCCAUCAUUCCGCGAAGCUGACUGAGGUGUCAAUUUGCCAUCUUCCAUGUGUGCAGUUUGCACCAACCUUUUAACCUGGCACAACGAGGCUACUUGUGCUGUAACAAUACUAGACCACUUAUCCUUUGGUUUUUCCUUUCUAUUAUGUUUGCGUCUUGUAUAUUUGGCCCCCUCCCUCACUCUUAUUUUUUAAGUAGAUAUUUUACCUAUUUACACUCCCUUUUAUUUUGGAAAUGUAUUAUUUGUUUGAGUGAAUCCGGGAGAUGUUGCCACCCCAUAGGUUUGUUUUUUUCUUUGUCAGUCUGUCUGAGGGUAGAGGAAUCAUGUCAUAGCUCAAUUAUACCACACUCGAUAUGGCCAUAAAGCUACAAAUGGAAAGAGAUCAUCUUCCCAGAGAUUGACCAAAACUGGGUAGAAAAAACAGCUGAAGUGCAAUGUUUGGUAGGUAGACCCUGUGCCUUGGUUUUCUAUACUCCAUGUAAUCAUGCUGCCCGGUCUGGGGUAUCCCUCACUUAGGUGGGAUCGAAAUGUGCUGUGUGAUCCAACAGUAUGCCACGCAGCUCAGCCAUUGGUUAGGAGUGAGGAUUUCCAGGUGGUGACUUCCCCCACCAUGUCACUAUGUUUGAGAUUGGUUUUAUUACCACUAAACCUUCUCUCUUAAAGUUUUGGUCAGUAUUUUUAAUGGAUCAUGAUAAAUAAAAAAUAAAAAAAAGAGUGAGUAAAGUGAGUUUAUUAGGACUCCGUAACUAGUUCUGUAUUCAAAUCUGGAUUUUAUUUUUGAACUAUAAAUACAUUUGUUGCGAUGGGAUAUAGAAAAGGCAAAUGAUCGGCUCUGGCAUAACAAGUGGUUUAGCAACCGCGCAGAUCAUGGAUGCGUUCCUAAGAUGAAGGUUGAUAAUUUUUUUUGUUAGCGGAGUAAGAAGGUUGUUGCCAAAUUGUGUUCUGGUAUACUAUAUUAGUAAACUGAGGAUGGAGCUCUGUGUAAUGAAUAAACUGCCACCGUUUUGUGUGUUAAUUUUGCUUUUGUCACUCGCACAGGUAGUGUUUGGCCAUAGAUUUUUUUUUUAUUAUUUUACUGACUGCGCCAGCGUCUAGCACUUUCACAAGCAAAUUUCAGUGUUUCACACAUUUUGGAAAAUGUAUCCUUUUAACGUUCUCAAUGCCACUGGUGUGUCGCUCAUUCCUGCUGCACUCAGAGCGUUGACUGUUUAUCUUGAUGACCUGUCUGAGGGUCGCAUUUUCGGAGCCAUUUUCAUACAUAAAAGAAGGAAUUGUUUUUAUGAAGGAUGAAUAUCCAGCCAUUGUAUUUGUUUGAAUGUCAGGAGAUCGCUGGCAAUACUUCCUUUUAAUCUGUGUAACACUCCUGUGACAAGAAGCCUUAGUUACUGUCCGACAUUCUGUACGUCUUUAGGUCGUCGAGCAGUUUUGCACAAACUACGCGAUUAAGAGACUGAUAAUGGCAGUCUUUGUCCACCCUUACUUACAUAUGUGCAAGAAAGGUAUAAGAUACUUUGCUGUAGCAAAUUUUAUGUAACAAAAUAUAUAUAUACGUCACAAUAAAUUUAAAAGAAUUCUUUGUAUGAAAACGUUAAAAUCUUUUGUAUUUCAUUUAGACUGAGGAUAUGCUGUUGUACGCUAGCUGUAUGCCAUACCUUCUACAGUAACUUUGUUGUCGUUUAUGAACUUAAAAAAAGAUUUUAAUAAAUGCUGGAGAUCA